AUGCCCCCAGAGCUCAAGGACUGCUUUCUGAAUGAUUGCUGCCUAGAGAACCUUAUGGAGCAGUUCUACUCUAGUCUAAAGAUGACUUAUCCAGACAAGUUUGAAGAUCCUGUCAUAAUUCCUCUUCAAGAAUUUGCCUGGGAUGAAUAUCUACAGGAGCAAAAAAGGGAACUCAAAGGUGAAACCUGGGAAUAUUCUUCCUAUGUGAUAUGUUUCAUCAAUGAUAAGUUCCUUGGUGAUUCAUAUGAGCUGCAGAAAUGGGCGCGCAAGAUGUGGGAUAUAGUUGAUGUUAAGCCCAAUGCACUUUAUGAGGCACUUACUUUGGAUUAUUCCACUAAAUUCUUAAGAGAUACCAAGCAUGACUUUGUGUUCUUGGACAUUGGUAUUAAUUACUAUCCAAUUGGAAGAUUGAUUUUUGAGUUGUACUGUGAUGCAUGUCCCAGAACAUGUAAGAAUUUUCAGGUCCUGUGCACAGGAAAAGCGGGAAUUUCUCAGAGUGGCUUGAAGCUUCAUUAUAAAGGCUCAAUUUUUCAUCGAUUAGUGAGGAAUGGUUGGCUGCAAGGAGGAGACAUAGACUCUGGAAGAGGAGAUGGUGGAGAGUCAAUUUAUGGGCCCACAUUUGAAGAUGAAAACUUCUCAAUUCCUCAUAAUAAAAGGGGAGUUCUUGGAAUGGCUAACAAAGGCCUUCACAGCAAUGGAUCACAGUUCUAUAUCACACUACAGUCCACUCCCUACCUUGACAGAAAGUAUGUGGCUUUUGGGCAACUGAUCGAAGGAACACAUGUUCUUAAACAACUGGAAUCAGUUCCAACUGAGAAUGAAAGACCAAUAUCUCUAUGUGUAAUUAUGGACAGUGGAGAUCUUUAUAGCUGA